AUGGUGAGAGUCAGCGUCCUGAACGACGCUCUCAAGAGCAUGUACAAUGCCGAGAAGCGGGGGAAGCGGCAGGUCCUGAUCCGCCCGUCUUCCAAGGUGAUCAUCAAGUUCCUCCUCGUCAUGCAGAAGCACGGUAUGCCCCCCCAUAGAUCACGCCUUCUUCUUCUUUUUUUUCCCCUAAUUUUGGUACGAUCUCUGAUCAUCAUAGUGGGCCUCAGGCUACAUUGGGGAGUUCGAGUACGUGGACGAUCACAGGGCUGGCAAAAUCGUUGUUGAGCUGAACGGCCGACUGAACAAGUGCGGCGUCAUCAGCCCUAGAUUUGACGUGGGAGUCAAAGAAAUCGAGCCGUGGACCGCAAGGCUACUUCCCUCCCGGCAGGUCAGCCCUCGCGAUCGAUUUGACGAUUGCGUCAUUUCUCUUCAUCGUAGUAAUAUCUUGCAAUCUGAACCUUAGUCGGCCAAUUUAUUUACCUAUUUAUUUAUUUCCGUCUCGGAAUCUGCAGUUUGGGUACAUCGUGCUGACGACCUCUGCGGGCAUCAUGGACCAUGAAGAUGCGAGGAGGAAGAACGUCGGCGGCAAGGUCCUUGGGUUCUUCUACUAG